GUAUAUUAUGGAGCUGACUUAGAGAACAAGGUUCUUGGAAGUGGAUUCGAGAGAGGAGAAACUUCUGGUUGGAACCUUAACAACUUGCCUCGUCUCUCGGGCUCUUUACUGUCAUUCGAGCGUGGAGAUAUCUCGGGCGUUCUCGUGCCAUGGGUCUAUGUUGGGAUGUGUUUUUCAACCUUUUGCUGG